AAAAAUUGUUUGUUGUUUACAAAUUACGACGCAUUGCAUGUUGUUUCUAACUUAUAUUCAUAGACCUAUUAAAUCCUCGUUUAGUUAUUUAUUUAAUAAAUUCUUAGUUCUCAGUAAAUAUUAUUAGCAUUUGGAAAUUGUUUUUAUUUUAAAAAUUAAUACCCAAAAGAAACUAUUUACUAUACUAUUUUCUUUUACAUCUACCUCUUUGAUAUACAAGCAAAUACAAAUAUGGAGUUGAAUCCUAUGCAAGUUGCCUUAAAUACUGUUAGGACAUUACGAUUGGAGCUAAUGCAGCUUAUUAUUGAAAUUGGUGAAGGAGUAAAAGAUGAUGGUUCACAAACUGAAUCAAAAGAUAAUCGUUAUAUGUAUUCUAUGAAUGAAAUGGUUGGAAAACUUGGACUUCAUAUGAGGGAUCUUGAACAAGUUGUUGGGUCCUUAUCUAGUCCUCCAGGUGCCAUGUUAUUAUAUAACACAUCAUUUUUAACUCAAGAAAGCACAUCCGAUCGACAAGCAUUGUACACUCCUCUAGUGUCUUCUCACAAAUGGCUUGAUAAAGUACAUAAAUUCAGUUCAAAUGCAGUACAAAUUUUAAGUCAGAAUUCAUUAAAAAAAUCGUAUUACAAUUCCAGUUCGAAUAAGAAGAAACGACAACAGUCAAGUUUGCAUAAUAUAUCACCACAAGCUGUUGAUGUACUAUUAACUAAUAUUGAUCGAAUGUUUCCUGAAAUGAGUAUUACAAUAACGAGGCCCUGUGCAUCAAAUGUUGUUCUAUUGGUUGGCUUAAGUAGAGUCUUACAAGCAAUUAUAUCAUUUAAAGGAGUUAUGAUUGAAUGGGUUAUUGUUAAAGGAUUUAAUGAACCUAUUAACCCUAACAGUUUGCAACAAGAGCUUUGGCAAGAAUCAAGAUAUUAUGUUUUUCGUAAGAUAACUGAUCAUGCUAAUGCAGCUAUGUUACAUUUCUCUUCACCAACAUUGCCAGAUCUUUCAGUUCGAUCAUUCAUGACUUGGCUCAAUAGUUAUUCGAUAUUAUUCAAUUCAGUAUGUAAAGCAUGUGGAAAUCGAUUACUUAAUGCAUACCCACCUACUUGGAGAGAUCUGAGAUCAUUAGAUACAUACCAUUAUGAAUGUAAACCAUAAUAUUAUAUUUAAGAUAUUUAUUUAAAAUAUUUUUAAGUUUAUUUCAUAACUUAAGAUUAAUAUUAAUUGUACUUUAAUUAAGUUGUAAUUUUAAAAGUAAAAUAAAUAUAGUUUAUGAUAUUUUA